AGGUUCUCUGUGGCCUGGGAUGAUCAUUUUGGCUGUGGAAAGAUUCAAUUUUGGGCUUGAGCGGUAUAUUGUAACUCUAUUCUUGACUUCCAUAGGCACUGCUUAUAUCUUAUUGUGCUUAUUGCCUUUUUCUUAAUCUAUGUACUGACAAGUGAUAAAUAGAACAUGGGGAACUGAUAUUGCUUAUAGGUAUUUGAUUGCGUCCAAGAUUGUGCAGAGCAGUCGACAUACAAUUUCUACCAAAAAACAACCUGGGAGCUACCAGAAUAGUAAAAAAAUUGAUUGUUUUACUAUUCUAGUUUUGAAUCCUAUAUUAUCAGUGAACUGAUGACUCUCUCCCUCUCUGUCUCUGUCUGUCUGUCUGUCUGUCUGUCUCUCUAUAGAACAUGGAGCCUAAGAUAUCAUAAAUAGCAAUUUAAUUUCUAUUUUUGGCUUCUACUAGAAUUUUUUCUUUUUUCUUUUUGUAUUAUUUUCUUUAAACUGCAUAAUAGCAGCAGAAGCAUUCAACUAUUAUUUUUGCUUACCCUGGGAUAAGGGUCAAUUGCUAGUACCAAUAACUCUUGUAAAAUAAAAUUUCACCAUAUUAUUGUUUUUUAUUAUUAUUAUUAUUAUUGGAUACAAGCCUUUUAGAACCCUCUGAAGAGAGGGCAUUAAAGUUUGAUAUCAAGGCGCCAAAAGAGGAAAAUCCUAACAUAUCUGCCCAGAUAUAUUUCCAUUUUCAUACAGGUUAUUCAUUGUAGAGUAAUUGCUCUGGUGUUUUGAUAAUACAAGUUUUACGUUGUCAUUGCUGACCUGGCAGCUGUGUGAUUCACAUAUGUUUUUUCAUUUGGAUGACCAUUCCAUCACAUUGCUAAGUGUACUUAACUUGUUUGCUCAGAUGACUAUAUGAAAAAGUAGUCACUCUGAUUGUUGGGUGUAGAUAAUGACAAAACAAAGUGGGUGCAGUGGAAUAAACCCAUUAUUUGGUGAUGCUCAAAAAUCGUGACUCUGCCGUCUGAGAACCAAUUAAUGCUUGUCUCCACAACUGGCUAUAUAAGGUCUCCUUUGGAUUGCUAUUCUGCAGUAUCACUCGAUUAAUUUCCUUAAACUAUCUGUUUUCUCUGAGAAUGGAGAGCACCCUUCAUCAGCAGAUCAGUGCCAUGAAGCAAUCCCUCCUUGAUGAGGGUUUUGUGGAUGGGCAUUUUGUUGAGCUGGAGUUGUUGGAAGAUGGGGACAAUCUGCACUUUACUGAGGAAAUCAUAACCUUGUUUUUUACGGAUUCAGCACGCUUGAUUGUUGAUGUGGAAAAGGAACUGAACAAUGAUCCUAUUGAUUAUAGUAAGGUGGAUAAAAUCCUCCAUCAGUUCAAGGGAAGCAGUUCAAGUGUUGGUGCCAACAGAGUUAGACUUCAAGGCACUAAGCUGAGGGAAAGUUGCAAGGAUGGAGACGUUGAAGGUUGGAAGGCAGCUCUGAAACAGCUGAAGAAAGAGCAUGCAACUCUGAAAGAGAAGCUCGAUACUUAUUUCCAGUUGGUCAAGCAACUUGGAUCUGAAAAGAAAACUAUGUGGCACCCAAAUGAAGGACAGGUGGACAUGCUGGCCAAGAACCAGCUGAUGAAGAUGGCAAUCACCAAGGAUGAAAAAGUGGAGUUUGGGCACAAGGACAUGGUAAAGAAGGGGACUGGAAAAGAACCAGGGAAGGUGGUAACUGAGGAAGAAGCAGUGAAGGUGGUGAGUGAUGAAGAGUCGGUGCAGAUGGUGGCCAAGUAGGUGGCCAUGUUGGACCUGAGAAAAGCGACUAGAAGCAUGUCAUAAGUGAAUUCCUGUGCUGGUUUUCUUUUAUGUGUUCUAGCGACUAGCUUUUCUGUAUGGUGUAGGGAUCAUCAGACUUUAUGGGUGUUUUUGUUUUGUUUUGUGUUCCAGUGACUAGAUUUUCUGAGUGCUUUAGGGAUCACUGGGACUUUCUGUGUGUUUUGUUUCGGUACAAGGCCUGGUCAUGGUUAAGAAGACUGCAUGUUGCGUUUGAGAUUUGGUUUUUGUUCUCUC